GUACCAAGACCGCACGACGAGACGGUGCUCAGAUCGUUAAGCUUGCACAUGCAGCUUAGUCGCGCGAGCCCCUAGCAGUCUCGCCGAGCACAGCUGCUUAUAAGUACAUACUUACUUAUCCUUAAAAAUUGUCACCAUGGCCCUCACCUGCAAGCUGAACGCCACGCAAGCCUCGGCCUCGCGCUCGCAGCGGGCCGUGUGCCCUCGCAGCCGCGUCGCCGUGCAGGCCGUUCGCGCUUCGGCUCAGUCUCAUGCCGAGGCCUCGUCUGCGCUGCCGCUGGGCCGUCGCGAGCUGCUCGGGCUCGCAGCUGGCAUCGCGAUGUCGUCUGCACUGCCUGUGCUGCCCGUGAAGGCCGAUGGUGAGUACGCCACUUUCUUGGGCUACGCCACGCCGCCCACCUCAUACGGCGGCUACGGCGGUAACGCCAAGGAGGCGCCGCGGUACACCUUCGAGUACCCCGCCGGCUGGAAGGAGGAGAUCCCCUCCAAGGUGGAGAAGGGCACCCAGGGAGUGGACGGCCGCGUGGUCAACCCCCGUGGCAAGGACCAGCGCGCCUUCGUGGUGACGCUGGCUCGUGCCGGCGAGGACAACAAGUCCUUCCGCCUCACCGACCUGGACUCAACCCUGAGCGGCUUCGCGGGGGCAGACUACGACCUGCAGGACGCUCUGUCUUCCGCCACCAACCGCACCACCAGCUCGCGCGAGGUCGGCGGCGCCACCUUCUACGACUACGACAUCGAGUCGCCCGACUACCACUACCUGGUGGCCAUCACGGUGUCCAACGGCAAGGUGUUCUCGCUGUUCGUGCGCAGCCCCACCAAGUCGUUCCCCGCCAACGAGGCCAAGCUCCGCCACAUCGUGGAGACCUUCCGCCUGCUGUAAUUGCCUGACAUGUGUGCGUGAACAAUUGUGCGGGUUUGUAUGUUUAAGCGUUGGCGUGUGUUAACAUGCGUGUACGGUCGGCGUCGCGCGGAAUCGGAGCGCAGUGGUAUCUAAUGGUGGUAGCAAUGCGUCAGUCGCGCCGUCCUGGCAGAUUAGGCUUGAGGAAAUGUUAUUUGGCAUUGUUUUGUCGGUGAAACGUGAUGGGAUGCGAUGGGGUCCGACUUCCGAGGCAGUCUUCGAGUGAGGUAUGCAGCGCGCGGCAGUCAGGCGCAGUUUUGACGGAGCUAGGUUGUUGGGGGGCCAAAGUGGGUGGCUGCAUGUUGGCUGCGCCCCCUUUCGGUCCGGCCCUUUUGCCGAGAAGCCGAAGGUGUGAAGGGCACCGGACGUGUGUCGGGUAGAUGUCGAGCGGUGAGGCGCCGUUAGUGCGAUGCGGAGGUUGUAAUCGAAAGCGAAC